AUGUCUAACCUGCCCAGCAGAACAGACAUCCUAGUCAUAGGCAGCGGCAACGCAGGCCUCAGCGCUGCCCUCGCAGCCGCCCAGACCAACCCCCAUCUCCAAGUCAUUCUCAUCGACAAGUGCCCCGAGUCCUGGGCAGGAGGCAACACCUACUUCACAGCAGGCGCAUUUCGCACAACCCACGAUGGCCUUGCAGACCUUCUCCCAAUCGUCAACAACACACCUCCAGAGCAAGCAUCCCGCAUCGACAUGGAACCCUACACAGCCGAAGACUUCCAAUCCGACCUCAACCGCAUGACAGACAACCGCACCGACCCAGCCCUAUCAAAAGCCCUAGUCGAAGACUCCCGCUCAACAAUCGACUGGCUAGCAUCUAACGGCAUCCGCUUCCAACUCUCCUUCAACCGCCAAGCUUACGAAGUAAACAACAGAAUCAAAUUCUGGGGCGGCCUCGCCCUCAAAACCCAAGACGGCGGCAAAGGUCUCGUGGAAGAUGAAUUACGCGCUGUCCGCAACGCAGGCGUGUCCAUCUUCUUUAAUACAGAAGCCACGAGACUCUGCAGAGGUGGUUCGGGCGGCCAACUCAUAGCGGUAGAAUACAUCGGCGGAACGCCGCGUCACAGAUCAGUCAUCUCUGUUCACGCGGCGAUUCUAGCAGCUGGUGGCUUUGAGGCUAAUCCCCAGAUGCGCGCUCAGUAUCUUGGUCCAGGGUGGGAUUGUGCGAGGGUGCGCGGCACGCCGUUCAAUACAGGCGAUUUGCUGAAGAUCGCUCAGCAGCAUGUCUUUGCGCGUACUGCGGGCGAUUGGGGUGGAUGUCACAGUGUUGCGUGGGAUGCGGAUGCGCCUUCUGAGAGUGGAGAUCGGGAUGUUUCGAAUCAAUACACUAAGAGUGGAUAUCCGUUGGGGAUCAUGGUCAAUGUCAAUGGGGAGCGGUUUGUGGAUGAGGGCUUUGACAUGCGAAACUACACCUACGCGAUGGUUGGGCGGCGUGUGCUUGCGCAGCCUGAGCAGGUUGCGUUCCAGGUUUGGGACAGCAAGACUAUUGGCUGGCUGCGCGAAGAAGAAUACCGAGGAGAGAUCGUUAAGCGGAUUCAGGGUGAUUCGAUUGAGGAGCUUGCCGAGAAGUGUGGGUUGGCUGGGAUGGUCGAUCCAGGGAAAUUCCUGAAGACUGUGAGGGAGUAUAACGCUUCCGUUGAAGGGAAUGAAGUGGAGCAGUGGGAUCCUGCUGUCAAGGAUGGGCUUGGAACUAAGGGCUUGGCUCUUUCGAAGUCGAAUUGGGCUUUGCCAAUUGACAAGCCACCUUUUCUGGCCGUCAAGGUUACAGCGGGCAUUACUUUCACCUUUGGUGGAUUGGCUGUGAACCCGGAGACUGCGGCUGUUAUUUCGGAGCAGACGAAGAAAGAUGUCCCUGGAUUGUACUGUGCGGGUGAGAUGCUUGGGGGCAUCUUCUAUGGCAAUUAUCCCGGUGGAAGUGGAUUGACGUCUGGUGCGGUCUUUGGACGUCGUGCUGGUCGUGCAGCCGGGGAGCGAGUUGUGCAUCUGAUAAGGAACCAGCGUUUACCUCAUGAGCAUACUGAGUGGUUUAUUAACGACCCACAAUUCAACAGACAACUUUGA